GGUUUGCAUCUCAGGCCCCUGAACAGGGGGGCCCCAACCCCUGCGUGCCUGGACGCUGUGGGGUGUGUUCUGGGGGGAGGGUUCCCACCCUCCCACAUAUGCAGAAGCAGCAGCAGGGACCCUGAGGUGGCUGCACACAGAGGGGAUUUUUGUAGCCCUGUUGGGGCCACCAGCUCAGGGACAGCCAGUUAGGGAGCCGGGAGGAGGUGGGCUGGUAAGUUUGCGUCCUGUUUCCCUGCCCCGUGGCCCGGCCGCCUCCCCCGCCGGGCCAGCAGCCAUGGAGACCUUCUGCGAGGCGGUGCAGUUUUACCUGAAGCAUUUGGAGGACAGCGUGUACCCCGUGAUGACCGAGGAGCAGUUUGCCGUGAAGCUGUUCCCCAUGUACCGCUACUUUGUGACCGUGUGGCUGAGGAACAACAGCCCCGAGGUCAAGCUGGGGGUCAUCAAGUCCCUGCGGCCCAUGCUGAGCCUCCUCCUGCCCAGCGACGACAUGCGGGAGCAGGUCUACGACUACAUCCCCCUGCUGCUGGCGGAGUACCAGGGCAGCCUGGAGGCCCUCUUCGUCACGCAGGUGUUGAGGCAGCUCCUGGAAGCGUCAGUCACCACCAGCACCCCCAUCCCCCAAAUGCAGCUGCACACCAUUUUCACGGAACUGCACGUCCAGGUGUGUGCCAAGGCCCCGGCCCAGCAGCAGUACAGUGGCCAGAACCUGAUGGAGAUCGUGCACUGCUUCAUAGCCCUGGCCCGCUCCUACCCCAGGGAGCUGAUGAAGUUCUUCUUCAGCCAGAUGGAGACAAGCAAGGAGGCCGUCCGCGUGGGCACCUUGAGCCUGAUUAGGGCCGUGGUGGGUGCAGAAGAGCCCAGAAUGAACAUCAAGGCCAUCUACCUGGCCAUCAGGGUGGUCAAGAACAUGCUGUCCGAUUCCCGGUCUAAGGUGAGAAUGGCCAUUCUCCGCAUCAUCGGCCAGUUGGCUCUUUCUGGCUACCAGGACAGGAUCAAAGGCUGGGGCCUCAAGUAUGUGUCUGUGCAGCUGACUUUAUCCACCUACAAACUGACAAAUCGCCGGGAUAGCUUUUAUCAGAGGGACUUGGAGGAGAAGAUGGUCCACAAAGUCACCAUGGACACCGUGAGAAUCAUCACCUCCUCUGUCAGUGGGAUGACCAACGAGUUUUGGGUGAGACUCCUGUGCUACAUCAUGGAGACAGACUACAUGGAGGCCUUGACCCCCAUCUGCAUCAGCCUGACCAACCUGGCAGAGCGCCAGCUCCACGGCAAUGAUGGGGGGCCCAGCCUGACUGGCAAGAGCAGACAUGUGGACUUGCCUGCACCGCAGAAGCUGCUGGCCCGGCUCCUGGUGCUGAUGUCAUCCCCUUACAAGGGAGAGGGCCGUGGGAUAGCCAUGCUCAAUCUCCUGAGGACACUGAGCCAGAGCAUCGCACCCUCCAUGGCCGACAUGUGGGAGGUGGAGAUCCCACUGCUGGUCCAGUAUCUGGAAGAACACACUGAGUUUACUUGGAAUCAGAAGGCCUGGGAGGACAAGCUGAUUCGGUUUCUGAGAAACUCCCUCAAGAAGACCCGGGGGUCCAAUUGGAGCCUGUGCCUGAGCAAAGAGCUGAACAACCAGAUUGAGAGCUUUGACAGUCCCUCUCUGGAGAAGGGCUUUCUGUACCGGGCCUUGGGCUUCACCUUGGCCAUGGGCCUGGAGGCCGACAAGGUGGAGGUGUUGCUGCUGGAGCUGCUCUACAAGACAGACUACAGCAACGACUUUGACCGGGAGGGUGUGAUUUUGUGCUUCGGCCUGUGUGCCCGGGGCCAGGUGAAGACGGUACUGAACGUGCUCCACGACUUCGAGGAGAGGAUCCAGGAGUCAGAGCAGUCCUGGCAGAUGGGUGCUUGGCGGAAGGACCAUCCCUGGAGGCGGGAGGCUGUGAAGAGUGCCCUCAUGGUGAUGUACAGCUGCGUGGCCUCCUACUGCCACCCCCAGAUGCUCCCUCCCCACGUGGACAGCCCCAUCACUUCUAAGAUCAUUCACCACUACUCCAGCAGCUGCCAGGACGUCUGCCUGAAGAUGGCCUUCAUGAAGAGCAUUGGGCAGGUCACCUCCGCCUUAAGCAGGGUCCAGGGCCUGGAGAACUUUCAAUUUGCCCAAAAGACGACCCUCACCGGCAUUGUCAUGGGGAUCAUCAAGGCGGAACCAACAGACCACCUGGUAUCUCCCGUGCGAACAAUGGCGAUGGACACCCUCUCUCACCUGAGCAAACUAAAACCUUUCUAUUCCAUGGAGGAAAACAGUGAGCUGAUGGAUAUCAGUAUACAUUCUGUAAUUUCUCUUCAGCCUCCAGGAGAGGCCAACGAGUCCAUUAAGGUCCUGUAUGCAAAUGCUCUGAACACCCUGGCGCAGCUGAUGGAGGGGCUCAUGCAGAGGCAGCUGGACCCCAAGGGGCUGCAGGAGAUGGUGCACCUCCUGGAAAAGUGGAUCUUGUCAGAGAAAGAAUGGGAGCGGGAGAAGGCCAUGAACCUCCAUCUUCAUCUCAUGCAAGUCUACGUCCAAAGUGUUGGCGUCUGUAUCCCCCUGAAGCUGGGGCAGUUUGGUUCUCUGGUCGGCCUCAUUGUCCCGUGCACCUGUGACCCCCACAGAAGAACCCGCAUAGCCGCCAUCGAGGUCCUCUCCAGCCUGCUCGAUCUGCACGCCAGCCAGACCUGCUCCCCCUGGGGCGCCUCCAAGGAGAAGGCAUUUGCGAGGUGCAAGGAGGACCUGGGGGGCUCGGACCUGGAGAACGUUUUCUGUGCGACGUCCAGCAUCGCCAAGGCAGCUUGCAUGGAGUUCAACUGCGACGAGGUGGUCUCUCUCAUCCAGAAGCUCUGUGAGAACAUCGGGGCCGUGGACCUCCAGCAUGACAAGGCCUCCGUCACCUGGAUAAGCACCUUCCUCCGGAUGCGGGUCAAGGAGCUGGAGGACAAGGUGGCGGAGAUCCUGGGUGCCGUCCUGACCCACCUGCAGGUGGUGGCUAACCUGGAGGUGCGGCGCCUUCUCAUCGAGGGCAUCCUCCUGCUGGCACAUCACCACCAGGAGACGGUGCUCACGGUGCUGCUGAGGCAGCCCCUGCCCAUGGAGAGCCACCUGACCGAGGUGUGGCUGGCUGUGGCCGAGAACCUGCCCUUCGCCCGGGCGAUGCUCCAUGGCCUGAUGGGCCGGCUGCAGGCACGGUUCACCCCCAGGGUCAAUGCCACCUCCAAGGCGGACAUCUGGCGCCUGGCCGCGGUGGACCCUCUGAUGACCCUGUGCACCAUCCGCCUUCUCAUCGAGACCAUGGACAAGGAUGACAAGCUCCCGGACCUCUUCCCAGACCUCAUCUACACCCUCCUCCUGCAGCUCAGCGGCAGCCACGGGCCCGAGGCCUCAUCCCCUGUCCUGAAGACGUGGAGACUCGUUCAUACAGGGACCCUGCCCGAGGAGAUAAACCUGCAAAGGAUCACGAUCAAGUCCAUGCAGCUGUUGUUCCAGAGGGUCAGCAGCGAGGGCCUGGUGCGCGCUCUGCAGGAGCAGGGCGUGUGGGGCCUCUUGGAGAACAGCUCGACCUUCCUGGAAGGAGUGGGCCUGCUUGCCAGGCUGUGUGUGCAGAGCGUGGAAGGCUCCAGGCAGCGGCUGUCCGAGCUGGUGCUCCGCGGCAUGGCCUCCGACAUCCUCAGCUGCCGCAUCAGCAGCACGGCUGUCUGCGUGGAAUUGAUGAGCAACCCGAUUCUGUACCAGGAGAAGCUGCUGAAGCCAGCGGUGUUGAUGCUGGACAAGGGCGUGGACCACGAGGCCGAGGCCGUGAGGGUGCUGUCCCUGCGGGCCCUGGGCAACAUGGCCCUCGGCGCCCCAAAGCAGGUGAAGCGGUAUCGGAAGCUCUUGCUGGAGAGAUGCCUGUGCUCCCUCAGGGAGUCCACGAGCACCAGCGUCGUCUCCGAGGGCAUGGCGGCCCUGACCAAAAUCCUGGCGGAGCUCCGAGAAGGCGACGUGGGGUCCUCCUUCAACCCCAUCUCCGAGCGGUGCAGGGCUUUCUUCGACAAUGAGAGCGAGCUGCUGCGUUCAAAAGCCUUCGUCCUCUUCGGGAAGCUGGCGAAGGUGGUCUGGAUAGCAAAGAAGCAUUUCUUCAAAGUGGAAGUGAGGAAAGCCUGGGUCCCCCUCCUGCUGCACUGCGAGGACCCCUGUUCUGAUGCAGCCGCAGCAUGCACGGCCACCAUGUUUCAGUGUCUGCACUUCUGGGGCUGGAAGGCCCUCGAGGGCUCCUGUGCGCGGAGUGCAGCCAGCGCCGAGGAGAUGACGGCUUUCCAGAACACCAUGUGCUCCAUCCUGACUCAGAAAAAGCCUGCUGUUCUCCAAGACUUCUUGCUAGAAACAAUCACCUAUGUGAGAAGUAACUUGUCAAGGAUUCGAAUUGCCGCCUGCAACUUGGCAGGGAUUAUCAUGAAGCAGAUGUCGGCAUGUUACCUGAAGCAGCUGGACCUGCCGGCAUUACGGAACUCUCUCCAGGAGCUACAGCUGGACUCAGAUCCUGGGGUCCGGAGAGCAGCCCUGGAGACUCUCAAAGUCUUGGAUAACUGUAGUCAGCACUCACUUUUGGCUUCACCUGAAGGAACUUCCUAGAAGGUCCAAAAGUAAAGCAUAAACUGCCCUCUGAGAGUGCCAAAUCCUACCGGAGCAAUGCAAACCAUUUUUUAAUGUAGUUUAUAAGAAAAGCAUUGUUCUAAAACAAUACCGUAUACUUCUUUCCUUCCGUACACUAAAUCUCACUGCCAUCUGGAGUUGCGACUCCACUGUAAGGUGACAACAUCCCAGUGCCAGCCAGGGGCAAAGGGGAAGCUUCCCACCCCCAUACAGGGCUACUUCAUUCUUGCUUUUCCCCAAAGUGAGCACACACCAGACAGCCCCAAUCACAUGCAGCUCAGUUUCACAUGCGUGGUGGGGGCAGGGGGGUUCCACUGCCAGGCCCUGUGCCAAGAGGGAAGGCUGAGCUGUGGGCCAUUUCUCCCCCCGGGCCCUCACCCCAAAGGGAAGGCAGGCUCACACCCAACCAAUCCUGGGGCACCUUGGGCAGGAGGAGGGUUGCAGCCAGAGCGGAUGGGCCAUAGCAGCAGAGCAGGAGUAUCCCUUUGCUGGGAGAUAAUCCAGGUCUCACAGAAGAGGUGAUAUUUAUGCCAAACCCACCCUCACCACAGAGGCCCUAAUUUACAAAACCCACGUUUGUACGGCUGUGCUGGGAACCCAGCGAGGCCUGGGACAAAAUCUGGGUCAAAAGGAGAGAUCAGUCCCAUGUCCAGGAAACAUGUAGCGGGGAAGUGAGGAGGGGCGGGGAAAGAUUUCCUAAAUAUGGGACUUCUAAAUUUUUCCCACAUUCCGAAUUUCCCACAUUCCAAAUUUGCUGAGCAGUCCAGUCAAACAAUCCCAUGUUAAAGCUUCUCUGAACAAGGGUUUUCACAUAGUUUUGUGGCACCAUGAAACAGAUAAUGAAGUUAUAUUUUCUUCCAAGCGAUGAAGAGUCUUGCUGAUAAAAAUGCUUGACCACCACUGAUGCAGCCAGGAAUGGAUGUGCCGUUCAAUAAACAUAAUGGGAAAAGAGCUAUACCUUGGUAAAAUUAGGCCUCUGCUUUCUGUCAUGCUCAUGCAAAACAUUUCCAGAGGGUUCAGAGACCUAAACUUGAAAAGCAAAAAUUAAAAAAAAAAAAAAUUGAGAUUUCUGAUUCUGAUGGGAGGGGAGAUCUGACCAUAUUACUAAAAUGUAACUUCUGAACACUAAAAUACCAUCAAGUUAAAUGACCAAUCAUCUAGAUGGGAGAAUUGUUUUCAAUUUAUGUAAGGCUGGAUUCAUAAGUUGGACUGAUGCCAGGAUAUCCCCAGCUCAAUAAGAAACAGGCAAAGAACAACCAAUGGCUGUUUGAGGAGGCCCCUUGAGAGGCCAGCGCACGCAGGAAGUGAUGCUCACCCUCGCGUCAUCCGUAGAGAGCAAACUGCAGCCCAACUCGUUUCACACCCACCACACCCACCG